AUGGGAAAACCUAUACCAAAAAUUGGUUCACGUAGAAAUGUACGUAUUGGUUCACGUAAGAAUGCGCGUAAAAUACCAAAGGGAGUUAUUCAUGUUCAAGCUAGUUUUAACAAUACCAUUGUGACUAUUACAGAUGUACGGGGUCAGGUGAUUUCUUGGUCUUCCGCCGGUACUUGUGGAUUCAAGGGUACAAGAAGGGGGACACCUUUUGCCGCUCAAACCGCAGCAGGAAAUGCUAUUCGGACAGUAGCGGAUCAAGGUAUGCAACGAGCAGAAGUCAUGAUAAAAGGUGCCGGUCUCGGAAGAGAUGCGGCAUUAAGAGCUAUUCGUAGAAGUGGUAUACUAUUAAGUUUCAUACGGGAUGUAACCCCUAUGCCACAUAAUGGAUGUAGGCCCCCUAAAAAAAGACGUGUGUAA